AUGGCUCGGGCCGCAAACGCCACCAAGAGCAAGAAGAAGAAGCCUGCGGACUUUAAGCGACCUAAGCGCAAGGUUGGUCGUCGUGUUACUCCUGCUGCUAAUGUUACUUCUGUAGGCAUUACAUCACGUCGUAUCAAUGUCGUGGAACAAUCUCUUUUGCAAGAUAAAGUAGGGGCCGCUCAAUUAACACAUCGUCGUCAAGCACUACCGGAGCUACUACAACAAGCAGGUCAUUAUAAUGCACACAUACGACAGCGUGCAUUGCAAGGUCUAAAGGAACUUGCAACUCAACUUACAGCAGUCAAUUUACGGGCCAAUGCAUCCGUGCUGUUAGAGCGCUUUUUGCCCACUCUAUUGGACGAGGAAGGUGUGGUGCGUGACGCCGCGGUGCAAGCAUGGAAGUCCAUGUUACCAGUCCUUCGCAGUAUCUUGGCUCCUUUUGCAACACUUGUAGCUACUUAUUUUUGCAGUGGGUUGACCCAUUUGCAAGUGGGUGUACGACAGGACGCACUGAAAGCUAUUAGCGAACUGGUGGACGAAGCACCGGAAUUGCUCAAAAAAGACGCAGGACCUGAAGCACUAGCUAGGCUAUUGGAGAACUUUCGAGACUUGAUUUGUGCCGCGCAGACUCAAGGCAUUAGAAUGAUGAAUACGUACGACUUGUUGGUCGAUUUAGAGACAAGCGGUAAGAAGGGGAUGGAAGGACGCACGAAAAGCAAUCAGAAGGAUAAGCAGAAAUCGAACAAGAAACUAAAGAUGCCGUCAGGAGCAUUGACGCUGAGGUUUGCGGCACUUAAGGUACUGCAUAAGCUGCUACUAUCAGUGAGUACAGGACAGAGUGAUGGCAACGUUAGGGUGGCUGGAACUGCAUGGUCAGCUGAUGUGGCGACUACCAAGACACUACUGCUGUAUCCGACUCCGCAGAUUGUUGAGACGGGUAUGUUUGCGGCUGCUUCUGUGACGACUAGCGCUGGAGUGAAGGUCAGUGCUUCAUGGCAGGAAAAGGUGCGAGCAUUGUUGCCAGCACUCCGGGAGUUGUGGCUGGAGUGUGUGGAAGGAAGCAUCGACAUGUUGUCGGACGUGCAUGUUGAGCACAUGAAGUACAUUGCGGAGUGCACGACUGCUGUGGCAGCGCUAAAGCUGCGUGAAGAGCUUUUGGCGCCAGAGAGUUUCCCGAUGAUGCCAGGUACGAGUGCGGCUCUUGCUGCUGCUUCUGAUGGUGCAGGGAUUCUUUCGAGAUGGCAUGGUAUGAAUGCCUCACUUGCUAAAUUAUCGUGUGAAUACAUUCGAAUUCCUGCCUUAAUGCGUAGCUCCGGCAAGGACAUAACGCGGAGUAAGGCACUCGAACAACGGGUUUGCACGUACGUCGUUACAACUCUUGCAAAGUACACGAAAACGCCUGAACUUCGCGCCGUUGCCAGUAUGCAAAACGUGCUACAGCCCCUCCUGGAAGUUGUGUCACUUAUCUUGGCUUCAGCUUCACAGCGUAUUAAUAAUUCGUCAACGUCCGAGAAAGACAUGGCCGAUGAAUGUACUCGCUUGCUGAACGCGGUGACUCAGUUCUAUGUGCUUUGCACACCGAAAUCGGUAAGCUUCCGCAGCUGCACAGCUUUUGUCGUUGAGCAGCUAGAGAUUGCGUUGCGUGGACGACAACCGCAAAAUAAAAGGCUAGCAUGGCCAAUGGUUAUGCAGUGGGUAGUGUGUCUUGCUAAACUUUUAGGCCAACUCGACCAUCAGCACAUGGAGCUUGGCAGACGCAGCUUGCUUGCAUUAAUCUCUGUCCUCAAGCAGCUUCCUGACGAAUUCACAAGCGGUGGUCAAAUGGAUGACGUGUUGACAAAUCUGUCGGAAUUCUUUGACCUGGCAGCAGUGCCUUCUGCUUCGUUGUCAGAAGACGAGCAACAGAAACUGCUGGCAAGGACGCGCUUCGACGCUUUGGAUGCAGCAGACCAGCUAGCUUUCGUGUCCGUCGUAUACCACCUACCCCGGUAUCCCGUGUCUCUAGUGCGUGCGCUUGCGAGUUGUUGCAAGAGCCCGCGCAUUCACAGCGAGGCUAAAAGUUUCCUUGUAGACAUUUUGUUCCAACGACGGGAGGUUUUGGAUCUUGCUCACCUCGUGAGUUUUCUCGUCAGUACAGCGUUGGCACCAGUAAAGGCAAAUGUUUACCAGCAACGACAGCAGCUACAACUAGUUGACCAUGUUUGCCGUACUUUUAUUGCAAUGAACUUAGGGAAUUUGCUUUCAAAAAUUUUGGCACCGACCUUGGCGAAGGCUCAAGCUGGUGAAGAAUUGAACUUGAUGGAGGUGCACGCGUUGAUGUUACUGUAUAGCACAUGCGUGUCCUCAGCUACAGCCCGUAGCGGUGAGACUAUUCAGCAGCGCUCAGAUAUUCCUGCAGAGAUGGCGCGAGAGCUGGUGGGCUUAUGUGUGAUGGUUUUGGCAAAGUAUAUUGUGUCGUCAGCAUCAGAGCAGUUGACAACGCCGGAGGAAAUCGACUCCCGCGAACAGGAGCGACUACUUGUGGAGACCUGUGUGUCGACUCUUAUUCUUGGAGAGACCAACAUCUUUGCUAGCUUUUUGGAUGAGCUUUUGGUAGCGCAACAACAAGUGUCAGUGUUGAUUCGCCGCUUGCUCGUGCUUCAAGCACUUGUGCGGUCCUCAAGUUUGGCAGGAGUAUUCCGGCGUCACCGGAAUCACAUAGAGUAUUUGCUGCAAUUAGUGGAGCAGCAAAACGCUGACGAGGACGAUAUCAAACAGCUCGUCCUGCUAUUACGAGGAGACAUUAAGCUUCAGGCAGUAGGACAGCUCGCUGACGAUAGUGUUAAGUAG